AUGUACGGCACAGAACAAGCUUAUAAAGAACUAAGCUGUUUAAUCCAGUUUAUGGAUAAUGACCUCAAUACUCUGAAGAAUUUUGAGAACUCUUCUAUCUCGCAAAUUUACUUCUCUGAUCUCUGGUACAUUUUCCAGCCUGGGGAGGAGGUCAUCACCUCUCAGAAACCACUCAAAGCAUUUCGGGUAUUGCAUGUCACGGGCGGCCGUCCUUAUCUCUCGCCUCCGGAGGACAAUCGAAACUACACCACCCAGCCAUACAGAGUUCCAGAGAAAUUCAGCGACUUCGUCAUAACUUGUUAUCAAAUAGACUUUGACGGGACCAAGUUUGGGCCCGUCACCUUCUCAUUCACGAUUCAGGGGUACAACGGAUCGCAAGAAAUAAUGACGCUCCCCAUAUAUCCUUUAAAGUUUGCCAACGAUCCAACUAUUCAAAAGUAG